CCUGUGAGUCGUGGUGUGCGCGCAGACAAUCUAAGCAGUACAGUACAUAGGAAAUGACUCAUAGGAGUUGAACUGUUAGCGUGGGUGUGUGCGCUAUUAAAACAAGGCGCAGACUCCUCCGGGUGACUCAUUCUGAUGCUCGCUUUUCCAUGCUGAAAACCAGCACGGAUUGCUAAUCAGAUGAACUUUCGGGAAUUGUGUAGCCGACAGCGAGCAGCUUUUUACCCGCAGACAUCAUGGCUUCAAACGCUCUCUGCGCACUCUGCGGACUUAUUAUAGCGGCAGUGACCAAUUUCUAUGGUGUGAGCGCUCAAAGAAGUCAAUGUGGCAGCUCGGAGUUUUGGAACUCAGAUUUGGAUGUUUGCGUGGCGUGUGCAUCAUGCAAGCAGUAUCCAAAGACCCCAUCAUGCAACACAUGUAAACCUGUGGAGGACACGCCUGAUGUGUGGAAACUGGCUGCCAUUACUAGUUUCUCGGUGCUGGCUGUUGUGCUGGUUGGUGCUGCUUUAAUUAUCGGGGUCAUGGUGCACCGACGCAAGUCACAUAAAAGACCUCUCCGUGAGCCCAUUGAAGAAACUGCGGGGCCACUAUAUCAAGCUUAAACAUUUCACCUCAUCUUCCUCUGGAAACAGAUGUGACAGAACCAACAAGUGACUGGUGCAGACGUUGAAGCCUCUGGACCAUGAACUAUAGACUCUGACUGCAGGGUAGCCCUUGACCAGAAUCUGACUAUUUUAAUUUAUUAGACUGUUCAGUGAAGAGGCUUGCUCAGUUCUCACGCUCAGUGUAGGUCCCGUGUGACUGCAGGACUUACAACGAGCGACUCUCACACCUCAGUAGGAAUAGUAACAACAUUAUACUAGAGUUUUAUCAUUGUCACCUGUGCCUUUACUCCACUUAAAUGAGAGUUUGAUCUGGAAGACUUCUGUGAGUUUGCAGAUGUUUGAAUCAGAAAUAAGAUAGAACAACAGU